AUGGUGAGUGUAUUACCUAAAAAUUUGCAAUCGUUGUUUAUCCCCAAUGAGCCCAUCGCGACUUUUCCUCCACAAGAAAAAAAGUUUUACCCGCACUACAGUGGAAUUUCUGAUAUCUUCAAUUUAAUUAAAGAGUCGCCUCCAGACGAGGCUACUUCAGUACUUGAAGACCCCAAAAAACCCUUCACCCCAAUUUGGACAAAAUCUGGUCUUAAGGCUCUUAAGGAAUACAAAAAGCGAGACAGUAUUAAGGCGCUCCAAGACGCCAUGAAAGCAGAAUGGAACCCGACACAGCGUACCGGUGUUACGGACAAUCCGAAUCGGACCGUUUUUGUGAGAGGAGUUCCAAAAGACGUUGAAGAGGGGGAACUUAAAAACAUUUUUUGGGAGUUUGGAGAUGUCAAAAACGUGAUUUUUGUGAAAAACAAAAAAGGGAAACGAGUCAAUUAUUGUUUUGUUGAGUUUGUCCAUCACUCAGAUGCGGAACGAGCAGCAAGGAGAGGGGACUUAAUGAGAAUUGGAGAAAAAAGAGUGAACGUUGAGAUGGAACGAGGAAGAGUUGACGACAAAUUUUUGCCGACGAAGAUUGGAGGAGUGAGAAGGAAGGCAGAACGAGAGAGAAGAAGAUCAAGAAGCCGAGAAAGAGAUUUUGGAAGGAAUCGAAGCGAGAAGUACGAAAGGAAAACGUCAACUAUUCGCGAUGCGAGAGGAGAUGGUGGCAGAAUGGCGAAAGAUAUGAGUGACAGAUUUGAAGGGAAGAGCAUUGUUCGAAGCGAAAGAAGUGAACGUAAAAACACUCGAGACAUGGAUAGAAGAGAUGAUAGACCAUCUCAACCAUCAAGAAGAGACGAUCGAAGGGAUGACAGAGACAGGUAUGAUGACCGAAGACGAUAUGAUGACAGACUGUUAGAUGAUUCAAGAAGGGAUGAUCGAAGACGUUACGACGACAGAUGGGUUGGUGAUCGAAGAGAUGACCUUAGAAGAGAUGAUAGAGCGUAUCAACCAUUAAGAAGAGACGACCGUAGAGACGACAGAGAUAGGUAUGAUGACCGAAGACGAUAUGAUGACAGACAGUUCGAUGAUUCAAGAAGGGAUGAUCGGGACAGAAGAAGAGACGAAGAAAGAAGACCUAUGAACUAUCGAGACUUCUUGAAUUCCAAAAUUUGA